AUGGGAUCUACUAAUGUUAAUGUGUCUGGCACACGUGAGUUUAAUCCCAAGCCCUCCAGUCCUCUAUUUGUUCAGUCAUUAGAUGUUCCUGGUGUUUCUCUUGUACCAGUUCCCUUUUCUGGGACAAACUUUGGGGGUUGGAAAAGAAUCAUUAUUGUUUCCUUAACUGCUAGGAACAAAAUUGCGUUUGUCGAUGGUAGUUUACCUAAACCUCCAGAUAAUUCAAUAGAGUCUAAUCAAUGGGAUAGGUGUAAUAACAUGGUAAUUUCAUGGCUAACAAGUUCUCUAUCCCCUGACAUUGCGGAUAAUGUCCAGUAUUCUGAAAUAGCUGAAGAAAUAUGGAGACAGUUAAAUAAAAAAUAUGGAACAGUAGGUGAAACUAAAGCCUUUAAAAUUAAUAAAGAACUUGCCUCUACCUGUCAAGGCUCCAUAGAUAUUGCAUCAUAUUUUAACAAGUUAAAGAAAUUGUGGGAUGAAUUGAGAGUUGUUCGUAAAAACCAUGGAAAUCACUGCACUUAUAGUGCAAAAGAAGGUAUUCUCAAAGAGGAGGAAGAGGAUAGACUUCAUCAGUUUCUCAUGGGACUAAAUGAAGUCUAUGUUGGUGUCAGGAGCAACUUGCUCAUGAUGCAACCACCUCCAACACUAGACAGUGCAUAUAACAUUCUUCUUCAAGAUGAAAGGCAAUAG